AUGGAAAAAAAUUGGAUUUUUAACAAGUUUGAUUAUAUUGACUAUAAUGGAAAUGGCAUUCUAACACUUGUUGAAACUGAUAAAACUGUAAUUGAGCUCUACACGCUCUACACACAUGUUGCAAAAGGUAAGCCUGACAUUAUGCGAGCUUACAAAGCUAGUGAUGUUUUAAAGGCUUCGGUUUCAGAAACAGAAGGUAACGAGCUUGUUGUGAUAAAUACGAAUUUAGAUGAAGAACUUGAGGCAAAAUUGAAUACGAAUCAUGAAGGACAUAUAAUGGUAGCUCAAGAUGUAACUAGUUUAGAAGAUCCUCCUAACAUAAAAAAUUCAUCUGUUGCAAUAAUGAAAAAUUUAUUCCAAUCAUUUAGAAAUGCUUGUGAUGUGACUUUGGAUUUUGAGAAUGAGUAUUUUGAAAACAUAGUUGGGUUGUUUCAAAGGUGCAGACAGAAAUUCCAUACAAUUGCUAACGACACAAUUGAACAAUCUGACAAUUUAGUUAGAUUUGGUGGAGAUAUAAUGGUCUUUUUUAAGCAUUAUAGUGACGAGGCUGCUUCUAAAGAAGAUAUAUUAAAUUAUUUGAAUAGACUUUUAAAUGAUGCUAUAACUAAUAAAACUGCAAUAGAAACAACCAACUCCAAAAUUAAAACUCUCGAGGAUGACAUGACAAUGAUUCGUAAUGAAUUAAGAGAAUUUGAUUUUGGAAAUAUGAAAAAUAUUGAUCCUACAACAUACAACAACUUAAAAGAUGCUGAAUCUAAAAAAAAUCUUUUAAAUAAAAUGUCAAAAAGCGCUUUUAUUCUAGGUGGAAUUUUCUUAACAGCCACCUUACCUGUAACAGGAGUAGCACUAGCGGAAGCUGCUGGAUUACGGAAAACUUUAAAUCUGAGACAGGGACAAGUGAUUAAUAAAUCAAACAGUUUACUAAAUAAUGUUACCUCGAUAAUUCCAAGUUUAAAUGAUCUUAAAAAUUUCUGGGAUACUCAUAUUGCUGAAUUAGAAAGACUUAUUGAUCGAUUUAAAUUUUCUGGUGAGUGUAGAUCUCGCCCCAGUAGAUUAUUCAUUGGACGCUUUGAAAUACAAUGGAAGGAAACAAUCGAAGAAUGUAAACAUUACUCAGACAUUACAAAAAACGAAUUAGAUAAUGAUGUUUUAAAUCUGAAUCAAAAUAACUAA